CUAAAUUUGCUGUACACUUACUAUUCGCUGUCCUGUGGAAACCACGUAGAUCCAAAAUGUUUCUUGAACAACAACUAAAAAGUUCUGUCUUUAGCUUUAUUACAGAUAAACAAAUGUGGGUUGUAAUACAGUAUUCAAGUUUACAGCAAAACGUGUAAAUGACCAAAUUUGUGAUACGUAGUUUACUCUUGACUGACAAUGUCCCUCGAUCAUUGAAUGCUAUACUGAUGACUGUAGUUGUUUGGAUGUUGCUGACAAUGUGAAGCUAUUGGAUUUAAAGUUAAAAAACAAUCUUACUUUUAACUGUAACUGUUUGACCACUGAAUGACACCAGUAGGCUGGGGCAGGGAUGCUAGGUGGGGGGAAUCCUCAUUAUGUCUCAUGGUAAAAUGUUAAAAAUGAAGCCUCAGUAAAUUAGAUUGUGUAGCAUAGCUAGGCUGUGUCUGAUCUGUGAUUAAAAUUCACAGCAGCGUGAUAAUUAAAGGCAGGGGAGACAAUGUGUUGUAAUUCCUGGAUUCUUCAGUAACUUCAAUGGAUCUAUUUAAUUAUCACAGAGAGACUUCACACAACUGAGAUCACUUACAUUAUUAAACUCCACUUGGCAGGAUGCAGAUGAUACAGUUUGUUUGGUGUGCCGUGACACAAUAAUAACCCAGAGAAACAAAUUUAUUUGCAGCUGUAUGCAAAGUCUGUAGUUUGUUUGCUUGGCUAAGCUUAUAAUUAAGGAUGCAAAUAAUAAACCCUCUUUGAACUCAAGCUUAAACAAUCAAGUUGUUUUUUGUGGCAGGUUUUCAGGAUAACAAGACAAGCAGAAUCUUCAGUGAAGCCAUGGAGACGACCAGUGCUCCAAAUGGAUGUGGUUACAGCAUCAGCUCCAUAUAUUACAACCUGUGUGACCUGACUAAAGUGUGGGGGGUCGUGGUGGAGGCCGUUGCUGCUGCUGGUGUGGUGACUUCCUUUGUCCUCUUCGUCAUCCUCAUGGCCUCCUUACCGUUUGUGACGGACAAGAAGAGAAAGGGUAUGGUGGCCCUGCAGGCGGCCAUUCUGGUCUUCACUCUGGGACUCUUUGGACUCACUUUUGCCUUCAUCGUGGGCCGGUACUCCACCAGCUGUUCUGCACGCAGGUUCCUAUUUGGAGUUCUGUUCUCAGGCUGUCUAUCCUGCCUGGUGAUGCACGGGCUGUGGCUCGCCCUGCUGCAGCGGAGAGGCCGGGGGCCCAGGAGUUGGAUGCUGUGUCUGGGAGCUCUGGGUCUGUGGCUGGUUGAGGUGAUCAUCAACACUGAGUGGCUUAUCCUUACUGUGGUCAGGAGCCCACCUGGAAUUGUCACUGUCCCUGACAUGUCCUGCAGCAUUGCUAACCAGGACUUUGUGAUGUCACUAAUCUAUGUAAUGGUUCUGCUGCUAGCUGUGGUGCUGAUGGCUGUGCCCUCACUGACACACAAGCACAAGCAGUGGCACCGAGAUGGAGCUUUCAUCCUGGUCACGGGGCUCCUCACCCUGGCUAUCUGGGUAGCUUGGAUUGUCAUGUACGUCUAUGGGAACAGAGUGGUGGGGAACCCCAGUUGGGAUGAUCCUACUCUGGCUGUAGCUGUGGUGUCAAACGCCUGGGUGUUCCUCUUCCUCUACACCAUCCCAGAAAUCUGCUUCCUGACCCAGGAGGACCCAGACCAGGAAGAACCCCAUGAUGGAGAACACAUCUAUCCUGCCAGGAGUCUGGUUUAUGACACGAUCCUUAAGGAGCCAGAGCCCCCCCAUCAGAACGUGUACAUGGAGAAUAAAGCUUUCUCUAUGGACGAGCCUCCAACAGCGCCCACAAAGCCAGUGUCUCCAUAUGGGGCUUACAACGGUCAGGUACGAAGUGCUGUGUACCAGCCCACUGAAAUAGCCCUGAUUGCAAAAGGUCUGACAAAGAUGGACCAAGAUGCUAUGAUCCCUCGAGCCACAGCCCCCUCUUUGAAUCUAGAAAGCGGCAGCUCGCUGCCUCUUUCGUCCGAGUCCUUACCAUCCUAAGGAUUGUGACACACAGGCGGACUGUCGAGAGCACAUUGCACACUCGGUUGUUACAGCUAUGAAAUAAAUCUCCACCAGGGGUUUGUUCUAGCAUCAGUUCCUAGUAGCAAAUGUAAUGUAGCCCGCUUUCUCUUCCUUAGGAAAAUGCUUCAAAUAAUAAGACGCUGUGGUGAAUCUCCAGCAAUAUGCAGUAAUAUGACCUAGCUCCUCUUACAGACUUCCUAAUUUUGCCUUAUACUUUAUUUCCUCUGUUCACGCACUGCUUGUCUGUUCUGUAUGUACAAAGGUUGAGUGUCAUAAAUAAAGGUUACAAUGACUAGAGAUGGGCAGCUGAUGUUUUCAGAGCCAGUAUGAAGAUUUCCAUAUGGAAAAGUUGUGUCUCAGCUAGUCCAUUACAUUUCCAUUCUCACUAUAUGGAAACUAGUGCUUAAAACCUUCUACUGUCAACUGUUAACCAGCUUUGUUCACUUGUAGCUUCACUAACUGGACUCCUAUAAAAGACAAUCAUCCAAGAGAAAGAAUUUAAUACACGUGUCUCUACGGGAAAGCCAUGACUUUGCCUUCUAGCUACGAGAAAGACCAAAAACUAUACAUUUUGACUUAACUAAAUCCCAAAGCAAUGAUACAUAUAAAACUAUAGGUUGUUGGUGGAGAAAGAGCAGACAAGGACCAGGUGCGGGGUGUUUAAAACCAGACUAGCCUUAGUUGUGUGCAGUGUAAAGUCAAUGUCUAUAAUUGACUAAAAGUUGGGCUUACAUUGAAACCAAUAUGAUUUUUUUCUGUCUUGUCAUAAUUCUGCUGCAUGUAAUUUGUUAAUCUGUCGACUAUUGCAUAACAUACUUUGUUCACUUGUGAAAUGAUGUUGAGAUUCAGACUUCCUCUGAAGCCAUAUGAUUGCUUUUGUAGAUUGUCGGAUUUAAAAAAUGAAAUUUUGUGUAAAGGUGUAAAUGAUAAUUUAUUAAAGCUGAAAAGGUUCCUUAAAUCCUGUGAGGCUGUUGGGUCAUUGGAUUGUAACAGGUAGCAACUCACAAGCAAACAGGAGUCAGACACUGAAAGAGGAAGUGUCAAAAGGAUUACCAUCUACACUGCCUAGAACAGUUAUUUACAUAUUUUGGCUUGAUAAGCUUUACCUAGUGAAGGGAUUGGCUCUCAAAAUGGGGGAUAAGGGUUUAUACUGCUCAACAAGGCAGGAAACUGUUUUAGGUACCACUGAGAGUGAUAAUGCGGAAAUGUUACCAGACACCAAGGAGAAUCCAACAACAAAUCCAUAUAAUGCUUUACUAAUUUGACUUUAGGGCUGUAAUAGUCUUAGUCCAACCUAGUGGAUGCACUAAUAUUUUGAGUUUUGAGCAUCACAAUGAGAUUUGAUGGAGCGUGUGAUAGAAACUGCAUUGUCUGACAGUAGCAGCAGUAAAAGGCUGCCAGGCGCCUUCACAGCAUGCAAGUUUGUUACAUAACAAUCCGAGUGGAUGGCAAAUAAUCACACUAUCAGCACAAUUACACACACUCGUCCACAUACUGACUGAAUGUGGUUUAACCGCUGAAACAGUCUUAAAAAAUGCUACUGUGGUUAUAUAACUGUGGGACACUUAGUUUUAGACAAAUUAGCAUGGACAACUACUUUGCUUAUGCUGAGCUCUUCCUUUUCUCUACAGAGAGGAACAGUUAUUCAACUAUAAUUUGACGCACACACACGCACGCACACACGCACUUUAAGAGCCUCGGAGUGAGCUGUGGCUGCCUAGCAGCAGGCUGAGUAGGCUCGCUCCCAAUCACUCCCACCAUCCUGUACUGUCAGCAGCCAUGAGUGCUUGCUCAAAGAGGAAAUUGCUCACAAACUGGAAAUCAGACAGAUCAGAAUUAUACAACAGCACAUGUGCAGAUUUUACUCUGUAAUGCCUCGUGCCUGCACCCUUUGAUCUCCAGUGCACACAGGUCUAUGUAUCAGAUGUAGAAACGAGUGCACGGAGAUGCAAAAAACAUGCACAGAGGCAGUGCAGCUUGUCAACAUGAAAAAUGGAUCCAAAUGUAAACAAAACAGAGUAGUCAAAGACACUUGAUACUAUGUUUUCUCAGCAUUUCUAACAACAGCCUCUUCACUUAGCUUUACUCAAUAGUUACUCUGUCAUCACUGACCUCUAGAUUAAUGGGCACUGUAGGCUGUCCCAGAGGAGCCUUGGCAGGGUGUUACCCAUACAUCUCAUGGAGGGGCAACUGGUAAGGUGUCACUCUGCAGAAAAGGGAUCCCACAAUAUAAAUGCAUUAAACCUUAUUUAAACUGUAUUAGACACAUGAAUUCCUGAUCAGUGACUCAAGCUGAAAUCAUUAACAGCAUCUUUCUCUGACAGGCAGCAACUGCAAGUCCCCUGAUACUACGAAUAGCUGUCGUGUGCACAUGGACACAGGUGGUUUCAUGACCAGUGGUGGUUAGGCUCAGCUCGAGGGAGGCACCACUACCAAUCACAAGCAGCUGUCCCCACUUAAUGCAUUUUCUUGUCACUGUGACAACCUUCAGAGGACAAACACUGAUGAAAGAAAAAAAAAAAAAAGACUGAGGUUUUUACAGGUUAACCUGAACAAACAGAAAUGACUGUGAACCCAUAGACCAGACAACAGGCAUUUAGUAUUACUAGGUAAUGCCAUCUGGUGAUAUUAUUCAACAGAUCACUAUUGCAGAAACAUUAACAUUGUAAUACUUGCUUUUGGAUCUAGGAUGCUUUGAAAGAUCAACUUGUCAAACAACACUGAACUGAACUGAAUUUGUACAGUUUGUCCCAGAGGCCAAUAUUUAAACAAAGGCCUUGUUCAUGAGGGUAAACCUUUUAGGGAUUAGAAAUGUAAAUAGCCGUGCCAGGCUCUAAUAAGUAUAUCCCAUUUAAAAAGGCUGAUGUGAUUUAUUUAUCCCAGGACUCAGGCUCUCAGAGAGGUACAAAGGGAAACAAGGUAUAACCAGUUUUUGCAUUUUGUCUCCCCAAACGUUUACAUUAUUCUUAUUGUUGAGGUUCAGAGUUUACCCUGGAAACAGCAGGCAAGAUAGAGCAAGACACGUGUAUUUGUGUAGCACCUUUCAACUGCAAAGUAAUACAAAGUGUGCUGUGAAAGCGAAGAGAGCAAGUCAUGUGGUCUUCAAAGAUGAUCAUGUCAUGACUGAAAGCUCCAGAACAACUACAAAAUGGACCUGGUGGUGAAGCUGUUUUGUGUGCAGCUGGUUCAAGGGUCAGAAGUUAA